UGUCAAGUUCAUACUCGUUUUGAUGAGAGUGUAAAAAUAAAGAUGGUAGUUAGCUAACCUGCAUAAAUACCUUAGUUCAGUAAACGUGUUCAGCUAGGUAGCUAGCUGGUUACUUUUCUACGUCCGGAACAAAUGAACACUGGUGCAUCGAUAGAGGAAAAGCACAUUUUAAUGCAAUCAGAUGCAGAUUGUACGGGCACCGUGUCGGGUGCACGGGCGCGGCCCAAGAAGAGAGCUGUAGGUGUGGAGUCAGCUGCAGUCGAGAACCAGCUGGUACGUUCUUCUGGGAGACAGGUCAACGUCAGAACGAAGCGCUGCAGUAACUCUCCGGGCCAAACCAAAAGGAAAGCGACAGACACAGAGGAAGAUGAAGACCAGUCAGAGAAGAAGUACAGGAAGUGUGAAAAGGCUGGCUGCUCGGCCACAUACCCGGUGUGCUUUGCCAGUGCGUCUGAAAGGUGUGCCAAAAAUGGGUACACGUCUCGAUGGUACCACUUGUCCUGCGGAGAGCACUUCUGUAAUGAAUGCUUUGACCACUACUACAGGAGUCAUAAAGACGGCUAUGAGAAGUAUGCCAGCUGGAAGAGGAUUUGGACAGGCAACGGGAAAAGUGAGCCCAGUCUGAAAGCGUUUAUGGCUGACCAGCAGCUUCCAUACUGGGUCCAGUGCACCAAGCCAGACUGCGGAAAGUGGAGACAGCUGACCAAGGAGAUCCAGCUCACUUCCACAUUAGCAACAACAUAUCGCUGCGGGAUGAAGUUUAACAAUGUCAAGAGUGAAGGUCCAGAUCAGUGCUCCCAGCCAGAAGACAUGAGGGUGGCUGAAGUGAUUGACAGCUGGUGGCAUUCCAUGCUGAUCCUGCCCCCGCUGCUGAAAGAGAGCCCGGCCAACGCCUUCCUGACUGCGUAUUACCCUGACUGCGUGGGCAUGAGUCCCUCCAGCUCCCCCAGCAACAUUUCACACGAGCUGAAGGUGGAGCACUGCAGGGUCAUCCAGCCUCAGAUUCCAGGACUGUGCCCGUAUUUCCAGCCUUUUUACCAGCCUAAUGAGUGCGGCAAGGCCCUCUGUGUGCGGCCUGACAUGAUGGAGCUGGACGAACUAUAUGAGUUCCCGGAGUACUCCCGGGACCCCACCAUGUACCUGGCCCUGCGUAACCUCAUCCUGGCCUCCUGGCACAGAGACUGCAAGGAGGUGCUGACCCCUCAGAAGUGCGCGCCCCACAUCAUCGUGAGAGGGCUAGUCCGGGUACGCUGUGUGCAGGAGGUGGACAGGGUGCUCUACUUCAUGACCAGGAAGGGCCUGAUCAACACGGGGCUCUUAUCCGUUAAGCAGCCCUUACUGCCCGACCACUACCACAAUAAGAAGGUAGUUGUGAUUGGGGCUGGAGCGUCAGGGCUGGCUGCAGCUCGUCAGAUGAAGAACUUUGGCAUGCAGGUCGUUGUGCUGGAGGCGAGGGAUCGUAUCGGCGGGCGAGUUUGGGACGAUACGUCUCUCGGGGUGACGGUGGGACGAGGAGCCCAGAUUGUCAACGGCUGCGUCAACAAUCCCAUUGGACUAAUGUGUGAGCAAUUGGGUAUUAAGAUGCACAAGCUGGGGGAUAGAUGUGACCUGAUCCAGGAAGGCGGGAAGGCCACUGACCCAGCCAUAGACAAGCGCAUGGACUUCCACUUCAACGCCAUCCUGGAUGUAGUGUCAGAAUGGAGGAAGGACAAGUCUCAACACCAAGACAUCCCACUGGGAGAAAAAAUCCAGGAGGUGUAUAAAAAUUUCCUCCAGGAGUCGGGUAUUCAGUUCAGUGAGCUGGAAGAGAAGGUUCUUCAGUUUCAUCUCAGCAACCUGGAGUAUGCCUGUGGCAGUAACCUGGAUCAGGUUUCGGCGCGGUCCUGGGACCACAAUGAGUUCUUUGCCCAGUUCUCAGGAGACCACACACUGCUCACCCAGGGGUACUCAUCUAUACUCAACAAGCUGGCCGAGGGCCUCGACAUCUGCCUAAAAACCCCAGUUCAAGCAAUUGAUUACAUGGGGGAUGUGGUCAAAGUCACUUCAUCCAAUGGAUCCCAGUGGACAGCACAGAAAGUGCUGGUGACAGUCCCGUUAGCUUUGCUUCAGAAGAACGUCAUUCAGUUUAACCCUCCACUUCCUGAGAGGAAGCUUAAGGCCAUUAACAGCCUUGGUGCUGGAGUCAUCGAGAAGAUUGCCUUGCAGUUUCCCUACAGAUUCUGGGACAGCAAAAUCCAAGGUGCAGACUAUUUCGGCCAUGUUCCUCCUUGCCCAGAACAGAGGGGGAUGUUCAGUGUGUUCUACGACAUGGAUCCACAGAGAAAGCAGUGUGUCCUCAUGUCAGUCAUCACUGGAGAUGCCGUGGCCACCAUCAGGGAUCUGGGGGACAAGCAGGUGGUCGGUCUGUGCAUGAAUGUCCUACGCGAGCUGUUCAAGGAACAGGAAGUUCCAGAGCCUGUGAAAUACUUUGUGACACAUUGGAGCAAAGACCUGUGGUCCCAGAUGUCUUACAGCUUUGUGAAGACAGGGGGCAGUGGUGAGGCCUAUGACGUCAUUGCUGAAGAAGUACAGGGUAAAGUGUUCUUUGCUGGAGAGGCAACCAACCGACACUUCCCCCAAACGGUCACAGGAGCGUAUCUGAGCGGUGUGAGGGAAGCCAGUAAAAUCGCUGCUUCGUAACCCUUUUACAGUACACACGUGGUGACUGAACACCUGACAACUGCUGCCACAAGACUCUGCUGUACACCAUUCACCAAUCAGGCUCCUUGUGCAACGGCACCAUUAUGUCGUAGUCACAGGACUACCGUCUUUCUCAGGAUGUGCUGUGGUGCUCUUAUCCAAGUUCAUCGUGCGGAUCAUACUGAUUCAGAGUGGAGAAGAACCACCUUUGCUACAUUGGUCAGUUUUUACUCGUGGCGUAAAGUUGAAUGAAAGGGUUAAAUUGUGAUGAAACACUAAAUCGUGA